CAGCAUCAGCGUGAAAAUGCUUUUCUAUUAGUCACAACAUUUCAUGAAGCACUGAACGUAUCUAGAAACCUUGAUUUUUAUUUUUUCACUCACAUUUUAAUCAAUGAUGGAGCUGAGACUUGUGAACCUGAAGCUCUCAGUCCAUUUUUAAUGGCAAAUGAGAAUACACAGAUUGUUAUUGCUGGAAAUCCACAUUAUAAGGUUGGUUUUGUUUUUGGUAAAACUCCACAGCAGUUUGGUUUACAUGUUUCUUUAUUUCAACGAUUAAUUGAAAGAUAUAAUUCAUUUGCAGACAGUGCUCCUGAAGUGAAAGUUCCUUUGUUCUCCAAUCAGCAGUCUUCACAUGCUCUCUCUUUAACACCACAGCCACAUCAAGCAUCUCCUCAAUUGUCAUCUAUUUCCUCAGAAAAAGCAAUAUCAAGUAAAGUCCCUGCUUCCCAAGAAAUUAUAGUCCAAUAUGAAAACCCUAAUAGUAAGAUUCAGCUCUCUUCAUCUAGUCAAGCAACUUUUUCACAAAGAAGUAAGGACACAAAUACCACUACAAAGCAUCAAAACAGAAGAGUUGGUGAUUCUAAAGUAGGACUACCUGCAGAUAAUCAACAGCUACCAACCACUUCAUCAGAGCAACAGUAUCUUAAAAAUUGGCCAUCUCUUGAUGCUUCAUCAAAAUGUUCCUUAAAAACACCAAAAUAUGUGCCAUUAGUUUCAAAACAAGCCAGUUCAGAGUAUUCGGGGACUCAGAAACGGAGAAAAGUUAGCAUAAACUCAUUUGUCGAUGAGGAGCUUAGAAAAACCUCACAAGAAAAGAAGGAAUCUACAUGUAUUAAGUCUAAAACUUCUAUUGAAGCAGCUACAGUGAAGAAGUUUAUUUCAUCGUACUCCUUUAGAAAGCAUAGCCAUUGCCCUAUUGAUGAAGAGCUGUUAACUGCUACAUUAACUCCUAGCAACUAUAAAGAGAAGUUUCAUCAGUUAUUGUGUCGAGAAGAAGAUGAACACGAGAGGAUCCUUAGAGACAAAUGUGAUGGUCUCUAUCAAUUAACGUUGUCAAGUAUUGAUUUAUGUAUUAACAGGCACUUUAACUGGUAUCAAAACAAGUAUAAAUUAUUUUGUACAAUAUGGAACAAACAAAUUGAUGCUGAUACAAUAGCUUAUGCUAUGCAGGCAAGUGAAGGUAUAGUUAUUCUCCAUUUGUCUACUGGAGAUGUACAAGCAGAUAUUCUCCAGACCAAAGAUAAAAGUAGCCCUUGUUUUCUACUGGGGCUUAAAACAAAUCCUGGAGUUAAACGACAAUCAAAUGUCAAUGUUACCUUUGUUUUUAAGUAUUCAUAUUUUGAUCGCCUUCAUCAGGUCCUAAACAACUUGCCUCAAGUUAUAUUUAGUCGCCUAAUACCAAGUGAUCCUUGUGAUUUUAGCAAUGUACAUUUAGUCAUAAAUAUUCGUCUUCCGAUUCCAUGUGUCCGCGAUAUAGUUGAUUUAGAAUAUUCACAGAUUAAAGCACUUAAGUCUAUAAUGAGCUGUGAAACUAACAAAGCACCUGUUUUAGUUGUAGGUUCAUUUGGAACUGGUAAAACUCAGUUGCUUGCUCGUGCUGCAUAUGAAAUAUUACAACAAGAUCGAACAAACAAGAUUCUUAUCUGUGCCCAUCAUCAGCACUCUGCAGACACUUUUGUCACCAAUUACUUUUCAAAGAUGAUUGCUUCUGGUUGGCGUUGUGGUGAAAUUGUUCGCUUGGUGCCCUAUAAGGAUUAUGAUUAUCCUUUUGCUUGUGAAAAGUAUUAUGCUACUAUCAUGGGCGGUUGCAGGAAAUUAGUCUUACCUGGGCAUGUAAUUAAUGGGUGUGGUGUGUAG